CGUUAGGUGAGACUGUUAGGUAGCAGAUGUUAGAUAGUGGUAGGUAGCACAUGUUAGAUACGAGUGGUAGGUAGCACAUGUUAGAUAUUACCGUUAGGUGAGACUGUUAGGUAGCACAUGUUAGAUAUGACCGUUAGGUAGGAAUAUUUAGGUAAGCCACCUGUGAAUAUGUUUGUCUAUAAAAUGUGCUAUCUCUCAUUUGUCAUUAAUUCAAUACUUGGCCUAAACUUCCUCCCAUUUCUGAAGCAAACACAUUCAUCAACUUCUCCCAAUUUCUAAAACAAACACAUUCAUCAUGAGUUCCUCAGACUUCUCAUCGUCUGGAGUAGAAGAAGAGAUGGAAGAGUUGAAUAUGUUUCACUAUGACCGUUUAGCUUUAAUCGGAAGGAGGCUUGAUGAAGCUUCAUCCUCACGUCGUCGUUCAACAGUCGCACUUAUAUUGAUCGUGAAAGGGUUUCAGGUCAUGACCGUCUUAUGCAGGAUUACUUCAAUCCAAAUCCAACAUACGAUGCUCGCAUAUUCAGAAGGCGUUUUCGUAUGCAACCACGACUAUUUAGUCGCAUAAUGGGUGACGUUGUGAGGUACGAUCCCUCCUUUGAACGAAGGAGUGAUGCUGUUGGUCACUUAGGCCUAUCGCCAGAGCAAAAGCUUACUAGUGCAUUACGCAUGCUAGCUUAUGGCUCUCCAGCUGAUCAACUUGAUGACUACAUGCGUAUGGGUCGGAGCACUGUACUGGAAGUCUUCAGGAAGUUUUGCAGAGCCAUUGUCGGGAUGUACUCGUCAACAUACCUUCGUGCACCAACUCGGGCUGAUUUAAGGAUCCUACUUCGUAAAGGCUCACAACGCGGAUUCCCUGGUAUGAUUGGGUCAAUUGAUUGCAUGCACUGGGAGUGGAGGAACUGUCCUACUUCUUGGGCUGGGCAGUACUUGGGGCACAACCAUAAACCAACAAUCAUUCUCGAGGCAGUGGCUUCAUACAACACCUGGAUAUGGCAUGCUUUUUUCGGCUUACCUGGGUCGAACAACGACAUCAAUGUUUUGGGGAUGUCUCCAGUGUUCGACCGUAUCCUCAAUGGAUCCGCUCCACGAGCACGAUUUGAGGUAAACGGUCAUACCUAUGAUCAAUGUUAUUAUUUGGCUGAUGGUAUUUAUCCUUCGUGGUCAACUUUAGUGAAAACAUUUAGCAAUCCAAGCUCAAACAAAGAAGCCUUGUUUGCUCGAUGUCAAGGAGCACAUCGUAAAGACGUAGAGCGGGCCUUUGGAAUUCUUCAAGCUGGAUGGGCAAUCGUUCGUGGCCCUGCGAGAUCUUGGGAUGUUUCCACAAUAAAUGAUAUAAUGUUGACAUGCAUUAUAUUGCACAACAUGAUAAUCGAAGAUGAGCAGGUUGAUUCUGACGAUGAAAUGGAAGAUAGUCUUGAUUAUGAGGUCCAUGACCAACAACCAACUAAUGUCAAUAGAGAUAUUCCAACCCUAACUGAGUACUUGGCUAGAAAUAAUAGGCUUCGUGCUGCACCAACACAUCAUGGGCUUCGUUAAGACUUGGUUGAGCAUAUUUGGAACUUGCAUGAAAAUAAUUAGUCAUUGUUGUUGCUUGAAAUCGAUCCUUUGUAAUUCAAUUAAAGUUGUAGUAGGUGAUAAUUUGCUUUGUAUUUCAAGAACAAAUUUUUAUUUCAAUAAUAUAUUUUCCUUUCUUAGUUCGCUCUAGUUUUUGUUUACACACAAUGAUAGACCGUCAUUUACACAUGUUUUUACCCCCAUUCUUACACCGUUUGAGGUGUUGAUUCUCGUGUUUUAGGCCGAUUUCACGCUAGGUUGUGCUUGUUUGUGAUGUUUCAGGUCCUAGUACGUGAAUGAAGGCUUAGGAGCGAGUCUGGGGUCGAUUGGACGAAGAACGGACGAAUGGCGAGGUUUUUGGGGAGCUGCACGGGCAGACCAGGGAGGCUGCACGGCCGUGCACGUGAGCAAUAUGGCCGUGCGCCUUAUGCCGAGGACACGCACGGGCAACCCCUGAAGCUCGCACGGCCGUGCACCCUGGCCGUGCGAGAGGGCUGAAGUUCGACUAAAUGACAUGCUGCGUUUUGAGUUGCACGGCCAGAAUGGUGAUAUGCACGGCCGUGCACCCUGGCCGUGCGAGUCGGGAUUUCCUGGUUUUAAGCCAAAUUCCGAACCAAAGAAGAGGAGAGCUGGGUUUUGGAUCCCAAACACCCAAGGGACGAACCCUAGAGAGAGAGAGCGACUUGGGAACAUUCUUGGAGCUAUUUUGGAGGAUUUCUUCGCCAUUGGAGCUCGGGAAUCAAGCUUGGAGAUGGAGAUUGAAGAUCUAGAUCAGAUUUCUGCAGUCUCUCUCUUCUCUAUGGAGUAACUUCCCUUCACUUAGGUUUUGAGGAACCUUAGUUCCAUGAGUUAGGAUCUUUCUUGUAUGAAGUUUUGGAUGCUAUAUUGUUUGAUUAUAAUCGAAUGAUGCAUGUUUAUUGAGUCAAUUGAAGUCUGAUCAACUUUUCCUGAUUCCUGCUGCAAUCUGAGAUAGAUAGAAUCUGAUUAGGUUGCUAGAGUCUCAUCAUUCGGUAGUAGGAGAUUGGCUAUACGAGAGUUAGCCAGUUUACUGCUUUGUACUGGAAUCCAAUUCCAGUAGUGGAGUUCUGUGCUUAUUGCUUCAGCUUUUUAUCCCGGUGAAGACUAGUCGUCUGCCGGAUAGUUAGACUGAGAGGGCUUGGUCAGCUUAAGAGAUUCCAAGCUACUGUCGGAUCUUCCGCAGUUUAAUCAACAGUAAAUCAACCAAAAUGAAUUACAACUUGGACCUAAUUGAGGAGCUAUGGGGAAUCAUACCUAAGUGAGUUCCCAAACUGUAAUUAAUAGUUUUACUUAGU